AUGUCGCUGUAUGAUGAAGAUCAUUACAAUCCUGAAAUAUCCAGAGAUCGAUUCAAAUUAGAUGCAGUUUCGUUGAACAAGCCGCCAGAAGAAGUAUUCGAUGUUGUCGGAAAACUUGGCGAGGGAUCGUAUGGAUCAGUGCAUAAAGCAGUUCAUAAGGAAACGGGACAUGUCCUUGCAGUUAAGAAAGUACCUGUGGAUACGGAUUUACAAGAAAUAAUUAAGGAAAUUAGCAUAAUGCAACAAUGUGACAGUAAAUAUGUUGUUAAAUAUUACGGUUCAUACUUCAAAAACUCCGAUCUUUGGAUUGUUAUGGAAUAUUGUGGCGCAGGUUCAAUUUCUGAUAUUAUGAGGAUUCGUAAAAAAACACUGAAUGAAGCAGAAAUUGGUGCUGUUACCAGAGACGUUCUGAAAGGUUUACGUUACUUGCACGAUUUAAAGAAGAUCCAUCGAGAUAUCAAAGCUGGCAACAUAUUGCUGAAUGCAGAAGGUCAUGGAAAAUUAGCAGACUUUGGUGUCGCUGGCCAGUUAACGGAUACUAUGGCCAAAAGAAACACCGUUAUUGGAACACCGUUUUGGAUGGCACCAGAAGUGAUUCAAGAAAUUGGCUAUGACACAAAAGCUGACAUUUGGUCCCUCGGAAUCACUGCUAUGGAAAUGGCGGAAGGUCGUCCACCGCAUGCUGAUAUCCAUCCAAUGAGGGCUAUUUUCAUGAUUCCAACAAAGCCACCACCAACAUUGAAAUGUGAAGCCGACUGGUCAUUAGAUUUUGUAAAUUUUGUUGGUCAAUGUUUGAUUAAAAAUCCUGAUGAGAGAAAAUCUGCGCAUGAUUUGCUGGAGCAUCCAUUCGUGGUUAAUGCACCACCAUCAACUGUUUUAUUGAACAUGAUUGAUGAAGCUCGGGGCAUCACUGAUUUUGCUGCUCAAGAAGUACAGGAGCGUAUACUGGAAGACACAGGUGACUCUACCAUAGUACAUGAAAGAAUACAUGGUGAUGAAUUCAGUGAAAUGGAAGAUAUGACACUUAUACGGCAUGAUAUUCCAUCAACACCAACCAACGGUCAUUGUUAUAAAAUGGUGCCUUCAGAAACAAUUAUGCAGCAGAAUUUGGUGCGAAUGACUGAAAUUCGUUCUCCAGGUGAUACAGGUUAUGUACAUAACCUGCAACAAGCAAAUGCAGUAGCUGAAGGAGGAAAGCCAUUGGAACUACACAAUCAUAAGAUGCUCUAUGUAAACCAAAAAUUGGAGGAGCAAAAGCUGGGUCAAAUACCUCCGGUGAAUGGUGGUGCCCAUUGUGGUGAUGCCAAUAUGAUGAACGAUAUUGGUGUACCACAAACAUUCUUCAGCACCGAUUCUUCUUAUGACACUUCAUAUAUUGAUCAGCAUUUUAACAAAGCAUAUAUAGAUGGCGACUACAGUUUUCUAGCUGAACUUCCAUUAGAAGAAUUAGUGCGACGAAAAGCAAAUCUAGAAGCUGAUAUGGAUGUAGAAUUACGCGAGUUGCAAGCGCGCUAUCAAACCAAAAGGCAGCCAAUUUUGGAUGCGAUCGAAAAUAAAAAAGCCAAAGUAACUCAGUAUUUAUAA